CACCUCCGGUCAGCAUGGCUGCCUAAACAUCUACAUAAUACUACAUAAUACUACAGUACAUAAUAAGGCAGUGAAUUAUAAGUUGUCGUUAAUAGUCCUGCCAAGAAACAUUAUAUCUUAUAGGAAUACAAUCUUUCUAAGACGUAGUUAUAAACUAUUACAUAAAAGCGGUUGGAAAGCUAGCUGCCGUGGCAUUCCCUAAUCGUUUUAGAAGUGAAUGAACUCAAAGCAUAAAAAACAAUGCCCUACUUCGAAAGAGACGGCGCCUUGUUGUUCUACAUAACCGAAGGCCAGGGCCCGCCCGUCCUCUUCUUGCACGGCUGGGCAUGUGACAGCCAAGACUUCAUCUUCCAGAUCCCCUUCCUGCAGGCCCUGGGCUACCACACCAUUGCCUUCGACGCCCGCGGCCACGGCCGCUCCUCCACCCCACCAGUCUCCCACCCGGAACAGCUCCGACCCGAGGUGACGAGCGACGAUGCCGUAGCCCUCCUGGCCCACCUGGGCAUCGCGGCGCCCGUCCUUGUGCUCGGUCACUCCCUAGGCUGCCUGACAGCAUCGCUGCUCGCGAUCCGUGCGCCGCGGCUCGUGCGUGCUCUGGUUUUGGUCGACCCCAUGUAUUACCAGACGGCGGCGGCGCACGAGGGGUUCACAAGGGCGCUUGCCGGCGAUGGCCGCGCACAUGAGGUUCUCGGACGCUCGUUUGCGCAACCGGACGACAAGCCGGCUUGGUUGAGGACUUGGCAUCGCAUGAGGCUGCUGGCUACGCCGGAGUGGGUCGUUUAUCAGGUUGCUUAUCAGAAGAAUGUCGUUGAGCCUGCUGUGGGCAACUGGGAGGUCGUGAGGGGGAUGUUUGGGGGGAGAGGGUGUCCGAGGUUGGUAGUGCUUAAAGAUGAGACCAAUCUGGAAAAGGAGAGAAGUUUGGGCCUAGGAGAGAAGGAUGGGUUGAUGGUGCUGGACGGCGAUCACUGGUUGCAUGUUCAGGAGGCGGAGAGGUUUAAUCAAAUAGUAGGUAAAUGGAUCGACGAUCUAUGAUCCGUUCAGUAGGUCGUACAUGCUUCUUACUUUAAUUAGUCCUGGAGUGAGUGAUCAUUUAAAUUAAGUCUAUUCUCUAGCUAUAUGGAAAUGCGAUAACGUUUGUACAUAGUGUUUUAGUGCUGCUGUAUCUUUAUCUUUAUUUUUAUUACAACUUA